AUAGACAAUGUUGGCUAUAUUUUGUGUCACCCAUACAUACUAUUGAAAUUCUCUCUCCCUCAUCCCAAGAUACCCUCCCGUCAAGCGUGGCUAAUCAAGGCACGAAAAGGAAAAUGAGCAGCUCGGAGGAGGUGUCAUGGAUUUCAUGGUUUUGUGGACUUCGGGGAAAUGAGUUCUUUUGCGAGGUGGAUGAAGAUUACAUUAACGAUAAAUUCAACUUGACGGGACUAAAUGAGCAGGUGCCACACUACAGACAAGCCCUGGACAUGAUCCUUGACUUGGAGCCUGAUGAUGAUCUUGAUGACAACCCAAACCAGUCUGAUCUUGUAGAGCAAGCCUCCGAGAUCCUCUAUGGAUUGAUACAUGCUCGCUACAUUUUAACAAAUAGAGGCAUUGGACAAAUGUUAGAGAAAUUUCAAGCGGGCGACUUCGGUCAUUGUCCCCGAGUGUACUGUGAAUGCCAAUCCAUGCUUCCACUAGGUCUAUCUGACGUUCCCGGCGAGGCGAUGGUGAAGCUGUACUGUCCGCGCUGCAUGGACGUGUACACGCCCAAGUCCUCGCGGCACCACCACACUGACGGCGCCUACUUCGGGACCGGCUUCCCGCACAUGGUAUUCAUGGUCCAUCCCGAGUACAGACCCAAGCGGCCUGCUUCGCAGUUCGUGCCUAGGUUGUACGGAUUCAAGAUCCACCCGCUCGCAUACCAGAUCCAACAGCAGGCGGCGGCUAACUUCAAGGCGCCGCUGCGGAGUCUCUCGUAUAACAACGAAAUGAAGACUUCGAGUAACAUUCCAAAAUGAUUAUUUAGCCAACGUGUGCGCCGCUCGCAGGGCACGUGACAGGGCAUAGCUCCCUGCAGCGGACUGAGCAAGUGACCUGCGCCGACGCCUCACUUGUACAACCUAUCUGUCUACUACGAGUAACAUUCA